AUGCAUGUAUGGGUUACUGCAGCAGGACAGAUGUUUUUCUCUCUCAGUGUAUCGUUUGGUGGAAUUAUAAUGUUUGGAAGUUACAACAAAUUCAGCAACAAUGUAUAUGGUGAUGCCUUGUUAAUCGCUGUAAUGGAUCUGGUUACCAGUAUAAUAGCAGGUUUUGCAAUCUUUACAACAUUUGGAGGAUUAGCUAAGAAAACAGGACUUCAAGUCUCAAAAGUUGCCAGGGGAGGUUAUGCAUUAGCCUUUGUAGCCUACCCUGAGGCAUUGUCUAACCUACCUCUACCUCAAUUAUGGUCUGUUUUGUUUUUCUUCAUGUUGUUUACACUUGGACUUGACAGUGAGUUUGCUUUAUUGGAGACAGUUUUGACAUGUAUACAGGAUGAGUUCCCAAAACUUAGAAAAUAUAAGAGUCACAUGUGUAUUGGAUUGGGAGUGAUAUGUUUCUUUAUGGCUUUACCAUGUAUAACACCAACAGGAGAUUAUAUAGUAGGAUUGAUGGACAGUUAUGGCGCUGAAUGUGUAUCCGUACUAUGGGUUUAUGGAAAGUCAUUUCUCUGUAUUGUGUGUAGCCACUUGUGAAUAUGUAUCCGUACU